AUGACAAAAAUUGAUUUCAACGCAAUUGCAAUUCGAAAGGGAAGGUUAGUGGAAACUAUCCACGAGACAGCCAAAUGGGGGGCAAAUGGCGUUUGGGGAUCGGCUCCAACUGAAACCGGAGUUUGUCGCUUAGCAUUGUCUGACUUGGAUAAGUCUGUACGUGAUUGGUUUGUCAAGGAGACCACAGCAUUGGGUUGUAAAAUUAAAAUUGACCAAGUUGGAAAUAUAUUUGCCAUCUUCCCAGGGAAAAACAAUGACGCAUUACCUACUGGUAUCGGAUCUCAUUUGGAUACUCAACCAAGUGGUGGAAGGUAUGAUGGAAUUCUUGGAGUCUUGUCAGGGCUAGAGGUGUUGCGUACUUUGAAAGAAAACAACAUCGUUCCUAAUUACCCAAUUGCCUUGGUUGACUGGACAAACGAGGAAGGUGCCAGGUUCCCAAUAAGUAUGGUUGCACUGGGUGUUUGGGCCGAUGCUAUUUCCCUAGACACGUGCUUGGACUUGGAAUCCAUUGAUGACGAAACACCCAAGAAAUUUGGAGAUGAGUUGAAAAGAAUUGGAUAUGCCGGUGAAGUUGCUGCCUCGUACAAGGAAAACCCUUUGGCUUGUCACUUUGAGAUUCAUAUCGAGCAGGGCCCAAUUUUGGAACACGAGGGGAAGAAAAUUGGUGUUGUUGUUGGUGGACAAGCGUUUGAAUGGAACUUGGUUACUGUUACCGGUAGAUCUUCCCACGCGGGCACUACUCCAAUGAACACGAGGUCGGAUGCUUUGCUCAUGACUUCAAAGAUAGUAAUCAUGGCCAUCGAGACAGCUACUGCAUACGGAGGUGUUGCAACGAUUGGUACUCUUCACUUAUCCCCGCAAUCAGUGAAUGUGAUACCCAAUGAAGUGAAGUUCUCUUUAGAUGUCAGACAUGUUGAAGACAAGAUUGUUGCCGAAAUUGUGUCAGAGAUAAAAACAAAAGCAGCCGAGAUCUGCAAAGUUGGUAUUGGAUCAAAACUUGCCAAGCCGUUAUCAGUCAACUUUGAAAAUUUGACCGUAUCUCCAGCAAUAAAAUUCAACCAAACCAACAUAGAUACGGUUAAAGAAGCUGCCUUGCUGUUGUUUGACGAAAAAGAUAUCAGAGAGAUUACCAGUGGUGCUGGCCAUGAUUCCUGUUAUACUAGCAAGAGAGUUCCUACUUCAAUGAUUUUCAUUCCUUCAAAGGAUGGUGUUUCUCACAGUCCAGAAGAGUACUCCUCUCCUGAAGAUGUUGAGAAUGGGUUCCAAGUAUUGUUAAGAACGGUCUUAUUGUACGAUGAAUUGAGAGCUGAAAAGUCAGAUGCCUAG